AUGGGACAUAGGGACAGUCAAAAAAUUUGGGUAUAUGCAAAUUUGACAACACCCUCCACAAAUAAACUUAGGGUUCGGUUUGGUUCAAAAGUCAUUGGUUGGACUCUUGAGUUGGAACGAAUAACUUUGGUUCAACCAUCAAUUCAAACCUCAGUUCGACUAUCAGUUGAACUAUUGAUAAUUGUUAAUCCUUCUCCAAAAAAGCGUCUUCAUGGUCUUAAUAGCAACGAUAGGCACGGUACAUACGAUUUAUUUCAAUAA